UCGGAGAAAGAGCGAAGAGUUAAAAGACGGCCGGUGAAAUUUGGGGAUAGGAUGAUUUCGAUACAGUUUCAUAAUUCUUAAAAUAGUGUAGUGGAUCAAUUCAUUACAAAGAACUUUAACCGGAUGAUGGCGGGUGAGAAUUCGGGAGUGAAUGCGUAGGAUUCGCAUAACCAACUAUUAACGAAAUGGCGGAGAAAUCGGAAAAAAAUCGCACAACUAUGCCACGUCUAAAUUUAAAGAUUCCUUCCUUCCGACGAAAUUCUUCUCCAACAUGUCCAAAUCCUUCUGUUCAUGAGGAAAGGAGCGAAGGAGAUAUAUUUUUUAGCCCUGAGUCGUUAUUGAAGAUAAAGGAAGAUAUUGCAAUGGACAAGAACGGCUUCACGGAAAUCGUACCCAGUCCUAAAGUACAGAAAAAGAAAGCCGACCAUAAACACAAGGACUCCACAAACUUCAGUGAACUGCAGCUAAAAACAACCAUGGCCAGUCCAAAAGCAGAAAAGAAGAUUAAACAUGAACGACAGAAGAGCAAGGAUCAGCUGGAACUAGACCCCGAGAACCUUAUGACCCCGCGACAAGAGCCGAAAAGAAGUCCUUUUUUCCUUCCGAAAUUCGGCAGUAGUGGUAAAACACAAGACUCUGAAAGUCCUAGUGACAAACUUCAGGACACACCCAAGUCUGAGAAAAAGAAGCUACAAAAGCAGCAAAAGACGCCGGACUGUACUCGAACUCCCACGGUAAGAUGCAUCUUUAUUUACGUCAGGAGUCCAUUAUUUACGUUUAAUACGCAAAGUUGUGACGUAAAGGAAACAUCAAUAGACACACUAACAGGAAAUAGUCAGACAGUCAGACGGGCAGACAGGCAGACAGAAAAGAAGAUGCAGACACGCAGCUAUCCAUGA